AUGACGAAGACUACACCACAAAUAAAUACAACUUCUGGUCAGCUACUUGGUCGAUCAGUGGAGACUCCAUUUGGCCAUGUUGACCAGUAUCUUGGGAUUCCAUAUGCCAAGGCUCCAAUAGGUAGUCUACGAUUUCAGCCACCUCAACCACUUGACAGAGAUGAAGCAGAGAUUAGACGAGAUGCCACCAAGUUUGGUCCAGUCUGUUUCCAGCCUCCUCACUUGAAAGAAAUGAUCAGUCCUCUCCUAAGGACUAAUGGAAAUGGUCAGAUAGCAAGUAGUGAAGAUUGUUUGACCUUAAAUAUUUACAUUCCAAGUGGGAGACAAUUGGACACCUUGCCAGUAAUGGUGUGGCUUCCAGGAGAAGGAUUCGACUAUGCUGAUACUACCCAGUUUGAUGGUACUUUUCUUGCGACCAUAGGACAGGUCAUCGUCGUCACAGUUAACUACAGAGUUUCUGUUUUUGGGUUCCUGUCUACCCUGACUCCUGAAGCUCCAGGUAACAUAGGAUUCCUGGACCAACGACUUGCCCUACAGUGGAUUCAACAAAACAUUGGCCAGUUUAAUGGAAACAACAGGAAGGUCACUUUCUUUGGUAGGUUUUCGGGUGCCAUGAGCGUUAGUGCCCAUUUGGCUUCUCCAUUAAACAAGGGAGAGAAGCAGUUAUUCCAUAGGGCUAUUUUACAGAGUGGGGUAGCCACUGGACAGUGGAUUUUUGACAGCGACCCUCUGAAUGCUACCCUACAAUUAGCUAAAGCUACUGACUGCAGCUCCACUUCUCUGGACACUGUAGUCAGCUGCCUACAACAGAUUCCAGCAGAAACGCUACUGAAUAAAUCCAACUUGGUUUCUCAGCGUUGGAGACCUGUAAUUGAUGGACAUUUUCUGACAGAAGAUCCACUUUCUGCAAUCAGCAAAGGUCAACAAGCUGCUGUGGACGUAAUUCUCGGAGUCAACAAUGACGAAGGUUCGUUAUGUCUUCUGUCUUUGUUUGCUCAGAAGUCUGAGCUCUACCAAAAGAUUUUAGAUGGACAACUGACCAAUGAAGAUUUUAAUUAUCUCCUGAAGACAAACCUGGAAGACUUUCUAAAGAAAAGUGACCAUUCCAUUCACAAGGUAGCAGCACACGAGUACCAGCAUUUCAAGAAUACCAGUCUAAGAGAAAGAUACGUGGACUUCUGUGGAAGCAUGUACAUCAAAGCCCAGACAGAACAGUUAGCCCGAAUACUGAUUAAGAACGGGAUGUCUAAGAUCUUCCUGUACGAGUUUGCUCAUAGACCUUCCUUUUCUAUCCACCCUGACUUCAUUCAGGCCGCUCACGGAGAUGAUGUUCUAUUCACCUUUGGUCUUGUACACCAGCUACCCGAGGUUCCGACUGAAGAAGUGAAGCUGAGCAGAAGAAUUAUUGCUGCUUUUUCCAACUUUGCUAAAUCUGGGUAA